UUUCAGAGGGGUAUAAAAGUCGAGCACUUGGAGAGCAAUGAUUUCAGUUAAUAGUGUGAAUUCCCAAACCUAUUAUAUAUAAGUUGUGAAACUUGUUGUAUACCACAAAAAAGUUUUGUCAAACAAUUUUUAAUGUUUUUUUGGAUUCAUAUUUAAACACUGAUCCCAAAAAAAGUCGACAUUCAUUCAAGUGUUAAAUAACUUUUUAUAAUAACAAACAAACAAAAAAUGAAUGCUUUAAUUGCUUCAGUAUUUUUCAUCACAUUUUUCACAACCGAUUGUUUCGGUUAUGUGUUGAGGAGGUCGGGUGAUAAUAAUCACGAUAACCAUCAACUGAUUGAUCUAAAAGAGAUGAAUACAAAACUACACGAAACACAAGUUAUGCUUUUGAUGAAACGAUUGCGACCAAAACGGGAUGCAAUGGAUAACCUGAUCUAUGAAGUGAUGGCCGAUACAGAAAAAGAUGAAUUGGAAACCGAUUACGAUAAGUCCAAUGAUAAGGCAGAGUCGGUUAGACAUAGACUCAAUGAGCGCAUUGAACACGUGGAUCUUGUACUGACACAUCUCAAAGAUAUUAAGAAACACUUCGACAGUGUCCACAAAAUGACCAAAACGCUGGUCGAAAGCGACGCUACGGCAGACUUUGUCAAGAAGUUUGCCAUCGAUCAGCUCAACGAUUCCGUUAAUAAUGUCGAAAAAUGUCAACAAUGCUGGACAUAGACCCCGGGACGACCAUACCUACCACUGUCACAUAGAAACACAUAAUAUCAUUAUAAUUAUUGUCAUCCAUCCUAUCGUUAAACAUAUACAGACAUCUAAACCAUGCAUUCAUUUAAUGUUUUAUUGUAAAUACUCAUUAAUAUUGUUUUAAAAUUCAUCAAUAAUUUAUGUAAAUGUUUUAUAUAUAUAUAAAUAAU